AUGACAAAUAUAUCAGCUACCAUGAAUGUGAAAUCUUCUCCUUCUUUUAGUUCAGAGGGGAUGAUGAGAACGAGCAUGACCAAUGUAUUCCUAAAACCCUAUCUCAUCACCCUUCCCUCAAAAUUCGUGUUCCCUCACACAACCAAACACUCCCUUGCUAUUACCCUUAGAACCACUUUCUUCAUCCCACACUUCUCUACUUCUCCUCUCUCUUAUGGACCCUCCCUCCGCAAGGGUACCAUCCCCUCCCAAUCCCAAUUCCAAACCUCUCAAAACCAAGACGAGGACGUCCUCCGUGAAGAAGCUUUCACCCGUGUCUUCCUCCUCGCCGCGCUCCGCGUCCCCUCCGCCGAAUGCUCCGCCCUCGAAAGUCGCCUCCGCGGCCACCUCCUCAACUGGUCCCGCAUCCGCAACAUUGCGCGCGUAGCCGGCGACGACCUUGACCCUAGCCUCGCCCCUCUAUUACCUCAACAAGUUAACGGUAACGGCAAAUUGGAAAGUGAAGAAGAAAGGGCUCUCGUCUCGUUGCAGCGCAGGAUCCACGGAAAGGCCGACGGCGACGGAGAAGUUCUCAGUCCCGUCCUGUACCGCGACAAACUCGCGAGGACGUUCAACUCGCGCGGAUUCGUGAAGUUCCGCAACCUCGCGAAGAUGUCGCGGCCGAACAGGAAUAAGAAGAGGAGGAAGAGGAAGGAGGCGAUGGAAGUGGAAGGGGGUGGGCGCGUGGGGCAGAACGGUUUUGCCGCGGUUGAGGUUGUUGAAGAGCAAGAUGAAGAUAGUGGUGGUUUGAGGAAGUUGCUGGGAGAAGAGUUUGGAAGGAGCAAGUGGAGGGGUUCGACAAGGUUGCUGCUUCUGGACGAACGCUAUGCGGGUCGCGGUGUGGAGGAGUUGCCUGAGGCAAUUAAGGCUGUUCUGAAGGAGUAUGCAGAAAAGAGUAUGUCGUUGACCAUUGAGCUAGUUAGAUGCAAGUUGACACUGUUCUAUGAUUACUGGCAGAUGACCGAGGUCUUGGAGGCCUUGCUGCCUGAGGGUAUGAUUAUUCCUUCAGCUUUUGAGACUGUUGGUCAUAUAGCACAUCUAAAUUUGAGGGAUGAACAUUUACCAUACAAGAGGCUAAUAGCAAAGGUUGUGCUGGAUAAAAAUAGGCCAAGGAUACAAACGGUUGUGAACAAGGUUGAUUCCAUUCAAAAUGAGUACAGGACCAUGCAGCUUGAGGUUUUGGCCGGAAACCACUCUCUUGUGACAACAGUAGUUGAGAAUGGAAUGCGUUUUCAAGUUGACUUAGCAACAGUGUAUGCUCUUAUUUCCAUCCCUGACCAACAUAGACGGCUUGGUUUAUUAAUUGCUCGAUAA